UCUGCUGACGCCGGCGAGGGAGGAGCGGCCGCCCACCCAGCGCUCCAGGAAGGGCUCCGUGGGCGGCGUGUGCUACCUGUCGAUGGGCAUGGUGGUGCUGCUCAUGGGGCUGGUGUUCGCCUCCGUGUACAUCUACAGAUACUUCUUCCUCGCCCAGCUGGCCCGGGAUAACUUCUUCCACUGCGGUGUGCUCUACGAGGACUCGCUGUCCUCCCAGGUCCGGGCUCGGAUGGAGCUCGAGGAGGAUGUGAAAAUCUACCUCGAGGAGAACUACGAGCGCAUCAACGUCCCUGUGCCCCAGUUUGGUGGUGGUGACCCUGCAGACAUCAUCCAUGACUUCCAGCGGGGUCUGACUGCCUACCACGACAUCUCCCUGGACAAGUGCUACGUCAUCGAGCUCAACACCACCCUCGUGCUGCCCCCGCGAAACUUCUGGGAGCUCCUCAUGAACGUCAAGAGAGGGACCUACCUUCCUCAGACGUACAUCAUCCAGGAGGAGAUGGUGGUCACCGAGCACGUCAGCGACAAGGAGGCCCUGGGCUCCUUCAUCUACCACCUGUGCAGCGGGAAGGACACCUACCGGCUGCGGCGCCGGGCCACCCGGAGGCGGAUCAACAAGCGGGGCACCAAGAACUGCAACGCCAUCCGCCACUUCGAGAACACCUUCGUGGUGGAGACGCGCAUCUGCAGGGUGGUGUGAUGCCCUGGGCCUGCCGCCCUCUGCCCCUUUCCUUCUCUCAGCCCCUCCAGCCCCCUGCUCAGCUUGUACCUUGGCACCUUUCUCUAGAUGUGACGUGUCUGCCCUUCCUUCCCUCCCUAUACAGGUGACCUCGAGCCCCCCGUCCCCCGCUAGCCCCCUGGAGAGGGCACCCCCCAGGUGAUCGCAGAGACCCAUCAUCCUUAGUCAGGCACAGCUGUGCUGGCAGCCCAUGGGGAACACCUGGAGGGGAGCCGGCCAUCCCAGGGCCCUGGCAGGGGCGGGGAGGACAGAGGCUGGCACCUGCACAGCUGGGCAAGGCCCCAAAGCCUGUCCUUAGGCGGUGCACUUCUCUGUCCUGAUUCCUAGGCUGGGCUUGGGCUGAGGGUGGGGAUGUGUGGGGACAAACCCAUUAGAGCACAAGGGAGGAGGUUGUCCCUGGGUCUCCCUGGGCCGGUCAGUGCCUUCUGCCCACCUGCAGGAGCCUGGAGUUGGGAGUGGGGAUGAGCGUGUCAAGCACAGUCGUUUUCUGAGUGGAACCAAAGAAGCAAAGAGCCAGGCCCCAGCCCUGGCCCCGCAGGAGCACAAGCAGGGGUCCCCGCAGCCAGAGCCAGAGCAGCGGGGUGGGCUACAGGGGACCAGGGCAGGGGUGGUCGCGUCCCAGUCCUGUGUCUGUAGCCCCACCCGGAGCGCUGGUUGUCGAGUGCAAAGUCCUCGCUCUCCAAGGCAGAGCUGUUCUAAGAGGCAAACCAGGAACAGGAGAGCCCCUGGUACCUGCGCAUCCUGCCUCCUCUGUUCUGAAACUCCAACCCCGCUGCUUUGGGGGACACAGCCAUCUUCCCUUCCUUCUCACUUCUGCAUGUUUUACUGAUCAGCCGACACGCUAACCGUUCUCAGCCCCGAGCCCUGAAAGGGGGGCUUCGACGCCUCCGGUCAGACUUCGGUGCUCUCCGGAGUUGAACAUCUUAAAGCUUUGUAUAUUUUCUCAGUUAGAUCUCUUUUCAGAAGUGUCUGUAGAACAAUAAAAGUCUUUUACUUCUGA